UCUGAUUCCCAUCAACAAUCCAAUCAAACCGGAUGGCUCUGGGGGCAUGGUCAUCGACUCAGGGACGACGCUAACGUAUUUGAAUGACAGUGCUUUCGAUCAAGUGAAGGACGAGUUCACCCGUCAAAUUAAUCUGACCGCGGUGAGGGGGGAGGAACAGAGUUUGGAAAUCUGCUUCAGUCUCCCGUCGGGGAUUGAAAGCGUCAUGGUGCCUAAAAUCGUGUUUCAUUUCGAGGGAUCAGCGGACUUGGAGCUGCCGGAGGAGAACUACUUCCUGACUGAUGUUCCAAGCAAUACGGGGUGCUUGGUGAUGGAGAGAUCAUCCUGGACAUCUACCUUUGGCAAUUUUCAGCAGCAGAAUAUGCUAGUGAUUUAUGAUCUUGCUGAAGAAACUAUAUCGUUUGAAACGAGAUAUGUGUGUGAUGAUGAUAUAUUGUGAGUAUUUGGUAUAUGAAUCAUCAUGGUUGCAUGUAACUGAUGCUUCAUAUACUACAGGGAAAUUAUAUAUGAAAUGAAAGAAUAAGAGC